AUGCAAAACUCGAAUGAGCAACAACCAAUUAUUUCUGAGGUGAAUGAUUUGCAAUUGGGAACAAGUGAGGAUGAUCAUUCUAUUAUUGCUGCAAGAGUUGUUGAUGAGGAGGAAGAGAGUGGAAAAAUAAAAUCCUACUCCGAUAAGAAUAAUUAUCAAGAAGGAAAUUCCUCCGACAUUAAACAAGGAGCCUUCAUGGAUUUAAAAUUACUAUCCUACAAUGUGUUUAUGAGACCAAUUGUCAAGACAAAUAAGAGUGAUUAUAAAGAUGCACGAUUGGAUGAGUUGAUUAUCAAGAUGAAGGAGGACAAUUUUGAUAUUAUUUGCUUACAGGAAUUAUUUUCGACAGCAAGUAAUCGAUUGAGUAAAUUAUUGAAGGAAUUUUCGGAUUUUGAACAUGUGCACUUGUCGAGAAAUACUUGGAAGUUGAAACCAAUUGAUUCUGGAUUGGUUAUUAUGAGUCGUUUUCAAAUUGUUGAAAGAGAUUCUUUCAUAUUUUCACAAGGAUCGAAUAUUGAUGGAUAUACCACAAAGGGAGUUUUGAGUGUCUUGCUGGAUAUUUCAAAGAAGGAUUCACAGGAGAAGAAAUAUCUCCUCAUAUUCAAUACUCACACUCAGGCUAAUUAUGAUUUGAAGGACGAAAGCUAUUGGAAAAUUCAACAAUCUCAAGUGAGUGAAAUGGCAAUUUUCAUUCACAGAAAGAUGAAACAAUUCAGUGGAGUUUCAGCAUUGGUUUGUGGUGAUUUCAAUAUCGAUGCCAGAAAUAAGCCAGAAUGGUACAAUUGGAUGAUGGAUCGUCUUAAUGAAAUUAACAAUAAUGAAGCAUUAGAAGCUUUGAAAAAACAAUAUCCUCUCGACAUUUCCCCUCUUCAAGGUUCUCACAUAUCUGAUGAAUAUACAUCCAUUGUAAAGGAAUUAUCAGAAAGGAAGGGUGAAUCAGAAUCCAAACUUUCAAUUACAGAUCUAGUAUUGGAGAAACAAGGCAAUCAUCCAAUUUCUUUUGGAGAUUUCAUUGUGGAGAAUGGAACAGAGAAACCAAGAGAGGUCAUUCUCACCAAUCCAGAAACUCUCAUCACUAAGGAAAGACUCGACUAUAUCUUUCUAGUUGAAUCAUCCCUUCAAAUCCCAACACUUUCUGUGCAGAAUUGUUGCAUUGAACCAUUCUUUCGACCAUUAGAGAAAAUUACCGAAUCCAUGCCUUGCACUCAACUUUCAGAUCAUUAUGCAGUUUCUCUCUCCUGUACAUUUUAA